UCAUCGAUCGAAGAAGCUUAUCGACGACGAUAUGAAUUCCUCUUGGUAUACGCCACCGGCGUUUGUACCGAUCAAAUACGUCCCAGCACCUAAGAAGGCUGAAAUUCAAGCGAGAUCGGUUUCUUGUUUACACACAAUCGCAGAACCUCCUGCAGCCGGCCCUCACCCCGGUAGUCUCACGAACCACUGGUGCUUGUACCUGGAAACAGGCGAGGGCGAAUCUGUCUGCGUUAACGCUCAGCCUAACCCACAGCAGGGAGCCACUACGAUCGAAGGUGGUUUCAAGGCCGAUGUCAUCGUGAGCCUGAUGCCGUAUGCUAUGGCGAUCGAUAAGGCCCACCACGUAUCAAUGUCUGUCAUCGAAGGCGCGACAGUGGGUCGUCUCAUAGAUCGUCUCGUGGAAUCUGGUCGCGAUAGAUACGAGUUCAACGCAGAUGGCGUCGGAUGUCGCAACUGGGUGACGGAUACUCUGACCUUGCUCACACAAGAGAAGUGGCUACGUGUUGAGGAAGUCGAGGUGGCAAAGGCUGACAUUCGAAAGCUCUGGCCGGAGGGAACUCCGCUUGAGAUUGACAACGGUGGGUACUAUGAUUGACCUUGUUGCGUCGACUGCAGCAGUGAGGACAAGGUUUAUUCAGCCUAAUCAGGCGCGACCUGUCGCCUUCUGACGUUUCACGCCUACACGCCUGCCUGCAACCCUGCCUGCACGUCUGCCUAUACGUCUACCUACAGGUCUGCCUCGACCUCCUUUUCGUCAGGACAGUAGAAUAUAUGUCUCAUCAAACGCUUGUUAUGACUUGCGAACUCGUCUAGAGCAACGUGAAC